AUGGGCAAAUCCAGAAGAGUGACGGUGUCUCCCUCGGUAAAGUCAGUCCCUGCUAAAGGAGACCCUUGCGAGGGGGCCUGCAGCUCGCAUUCGGGAGCGGCAGCAAAGCCGCCGGGGCUCGGCGUUAGACGCGCUGGGACACCCGGCGGGGCCGGCCGGGCGCGGCACCGCCUGAAGCCGAGUCCGCGGGGAGGAUCAGGGAGCCCGGCGCAGCAGCCGCCGGGGUGUUCCAGCCGCGGCUCCACGAGGGAGCGGCGGCGGAGGAAGGAGGCGCCGCCGGGCGGUACCGCGGGUCCGCCCGGACUCCACCAGGCUCCCGGCCCGGUGAGCCCUGCGGGCAGCACCCGGGCGGGAGCAGCAGCGGCGUUGCCGGGGUCCGUGGGUCCGUGCCCGGCGCAGGGGUACCGCCGGGGCAGGGCCGAGCCGGAGCGCGGCCGGGGCGGGGGGGCCGCAGGCGUUCACCGUCCCGUCCAUGCUCCGCUCCCGCCCGGCCGCCCGCGCCGGGGCGCCUGCGCGGCGCUGCGGAGGCGCUCAGGGAGCGUCUGCAAAGGUCCUGUGCCGGGGGACAGGGUCCUGCGCCGGGGGAGCCCGGCCCGAGCCGCGCUGCUGCGGCAGGAGGGCGGUGCAGCCGCGGCCCCUGCCCCGCUCCCAGCCCCGCGGGGGCGGCGCGGCGCGGAGCUCCUCCCGGGGACAGGUGGGUGCGGCGCCCGCUCCCUCCAAGAUACGCGGGCCGCUCCGGCUCUGCCGCCUCGACGGAGCUCUAGAGAGGGGCGGACUGGCUUCAGGUGCCCCGCCGCCACUGCUUCCGCCGCCACAGCCACCCCCUUCUCUCCCCACCAGCACCCCGCACCACCGCCGGAGCCCCCUUUCUACCGCAGCCCCCCAGCCACGCACUCACCGUCCCGCACUCACCGCCGCCCCCUGCCGCCCCCGCCACCGCAGCCCCGCUGCUCUCGCCGCGCUCCCGGGCCGCCGCCGCAGCCUCCGCGCGCUCGCCAGCGCCGCCUGCCGGCACCGAGAGGGGCUCGCACCGACGGGCACCGAGCGGGGCUCGCACCGACGGGCACCGAGCGGGGCUCGCACCGACGGGCACCGAGCGGGGCUCGCACCGACGGGCACCGAGCGGGGCUCGCACCGACGGGCACCGAGCGGGGCUCGCACCGACAGGCACCGAGAGGGGCUCGCACCGACAGGCACCGAGAGGGGCUCGCACCGACGGGCACCGAGCGGGGCUCGCACCGACGGGCACCGAGCGGGGCUCGCACCGACGGGCACCGAGCGGGGCUCGCACCGACGGGCACCGGACCGGGGCUCGCACCGACGGGCACCGAGCGGGGCUCGCACCGAGAGCCACCGGACCGGGGCUCGCACCGACAGGCACCGAGCGGGGCUCGCACCGACAGGCACCGAGCGGGGCUCGCACCGACGGGCACCGGACCGGGGCUCGCACCGACAGGCACCGAGCGGGGCUCGCACCGACAGGCACCGGACCGGGGCUCGCACCGACAGGCACCGGACCGGGGCUCGCACCGAGAGCCACCGGACCGGGGCUCGCACCGACAGGCACCGAGCGGGGCUCGCACCGACAGGCACCGGACCGGGGCUCGCACCGACGGGCACCGAGCGGGGCUCGCCGAGAGGCAAUGA